GGUAAGGGACACAAGGCGUCCCGUUCAGCGCUUGCUUUUGCAAAUACCGGCGCAGGCACGGAGAGGCGGGCGGUGUUGCAGGAGCCGAGCAGCAGCAGGACGCAACAGCUUCUCCCCCUCGUUCCUUGCCGUCUCUCGAGGACCUGGGACCCGCUGCGUGAAGCCCAAAAGGUGCCCCAGCAUGGAGCUGCUCCUGCUGGCACUGGUGCUGGCUCUGGCACUGGGAGGGACGACUGCAGCCCGCUGCCCUGCAGUCUGCGUCUGUGACAACCUCCGUGCACACGUCCUGUGCCUCAGCCAGAACCUGACAGCCAUACCUGACACCAUCCCUGAGCUCACCAAGCAGCUGGACCUGCGGGGCAACAGCUUCAAGGUGGUCACAGCCGGAGCCUUCCUCAGCACACCCUACCUCACACGCUUGGACCUGAGCAACAGCCAGCUGGAAAGGGUGGAGGAAGGGGCCUUCCGGGGGCUGGGGCGGCUGCUUCACCUCAACCUGGCCUCCAACAGCAUCGCUGUCCUCUACCAGGAAGCCCUGGACGGGCUGUCCUCCCUGCAGCAGCUCAUCCUGCGGCAGAACAACCUGGAGGAAAUGCAGCCGGGUGCUUUUAGCCGGCUGGCGUCCCUCACCCUCCUCGAUCUGAGGGAGAAUGCCUUGGUCUACCUCCCAGACAUGGUCUUUCAGGGCCUGCAGAGCCUCAGGUGGCUCCGGCUGUCCCAUAACGCCCUCCAUGUGCUGGGCAGUGAAGCCUUCACGGCCCUGCCUGCCCUGCGCAGGCUCAGCCUGGACCACAACGAGCUGCAGGCGCUGCCCAGCGAGGCUCUGGCACGGCUGAGCGAGGCCACGCGGCUGGAGCUGGGCCACAACCCCAUCACCUACCUGGCCGAGGAGGCCGUGGCCAUGGCCUCCCUCCAGCACCUCUCCCUGGAGCAUGCGGCCCUGCAGGAUGUGGCACCUGAUGCCUUUUCCCGCAGCCCCCUGCUGAGGACGCUGGAUCUGGCACACAACCAGCUGCGGGGGCUCCCCGCCUUGGUGGGGGCUGGGGGGCUGGUGAGGAUCAGCCUGGCCGGGAACCCCCUGCUCUGCUCCUGCCUCCUGCUCCCCUUCCACCGCUGGAUGGGGCGGGCAAGAGUGCAGACAGAGGGGACCUGCGUGGCCCCUGCAGCCCUCCAGGGCCGACCCCUCGACUCCCUGAGGCCCUCUGAGAUGAAGUGUGGGGAGCCCCAGGUGCCCGUCCCCAGUCCCACCAUGCCCUCGAUGCAGACUGGGGGAACCACGAGUGGGCCAUGCCCCACGGGCUGCACCUGCUCCCCUGAAUUCCACCACGCAAACUGUGAGAACAGAGGCCUGCGGAAGAUCCCUCGUGGCUUCCCCACAGACACCCAGCUCCUCGACCUACGCCGAAAUGCCCUGGGCAUGGUGCCUGCGGGUGCCUUCCUGGGCCUGAAGGAACUGGUGUCCCUCCACCUGCAGAGCUGUGGUAUCACAGAGCUGCACCCUGGGGCGCUGCGGGGUCUGCCCAGCUUGGUCUACCUCUACCUCUCUGACAACCAGCUCAGCAUCUUGGUGCCCACUGCCUUUGAGGGGGUCCCACAGCUCGCCUACCUGCACCUGGAUCACAACGCCUUCACGCAGGUGCCCUCAGGUGCCUUCCAGCUCCUGCCCAACCUCUUCUCCCUCCACCUUCAGCACAAUGCCAUUGGGGAGCUGGCGAAAGGUGACCUGGCAGGGUUGGCAGGGCUGCGCUGGCUGAGCCUGGCUGGAAAUGUCAUCAGGAGCAUUAGCCCUGCUGCCCUGGCUGCCACAAAGAUGCUGGAGAAGCUGCACCUGGAGAGGAACUCCCUGGAGGAGGUGCCCACAUCAUCUCUGCAGCACCUGCCUGCCCUGACUGAACUGAAGCUGUCCCGAAACCCCAUUAAGGACAUCAGGAAUGGCGCCUUCCUGCCAGUGGCUGGGAGCCUGCAGCACCUCUAUCUGGACAACAUGGGGCUGGAGCAGAUUUCACCCAGUGCCUUUGCUGGACUUGGACCCAAGAUCAAAAGCCUGCAUCUGGAGAGCAACAAAAUGAGCAACAUUCCUAACAUGAGCAACUUCACAGGGCUGGAAAUCCUCAAUCUGAGGGAUGUGCCUUUCCACUGCGACUGCCGGCUGCUACCAUUGUACAGGUGGAUUUUGAAACUCAACUUGCGCACUGGGGCCACCUGUGCAUCCCCUGCAGAAGCCCAGGGGCAGAAGGUGAAGUUUUCCACCACUUUCCAAAACUGUCCUGGCUGGAGAGCCAGAGGAGCCAGUGCUGACAAGUCUAAGGCUGCAAGGAAACCCAGCAAGAAGAAGAGGUCAGAAAAAGCACCAUCCAGAGGCUUCAGGAAAAACAAAGCUUAGGAAAUGUAUGCGAAGUGCUACAGGGCUGCACCUACAACAUGGCCAGAGCAGUUUUGUGGGCUUGUCCUCGCUGCAGCAACACAGAGCUUGUACAGGGUAUGAAGGAGAGAGCUUGGCCACAGUGGAGUGAUGCUGACCUGUCCUGGCCAAGUAUGACAGAUGCAAGGUUUGUCUUUGCAGACCACAGAGGCACAUUAUCCUGUAAAGGACUUGUGUGAAAGCUUCUGCAGUGUCUGCCAUGUGCUUUAUCUGACGACUCCAACAGCAAAGCCAUAUGCUUGCUUUACCUUCACAAGCCUUCAAGAGCCGAGCAGAAAAGCUGGAAUUCACAAAUGUUCUUUCUCCUUGACUGCUUUCAAAGGUUCAGAAAUGCUGAAACAGACUGGAAGCAGCUCUAGCAUCCCAUGCUGGCUCAAAUCUUAGAGGAGAAAACUUAAAAAUUUUCAUCAGAGAAAACACUGCCUGAAUUCCCAGCUGCUCCUUAGAAUUAAAACAAAAGCAGAUUGAAAUCGUUCUCCUUUUUGCAAAGUUUGAUCAGUGGUUCAUAAGCAGCGUACCUGGCCUAUUGCCUAUAACAGGCCAUAGGUUGGCACCACUGGGAGGGGAAGAGAGGAAACACUCUGCUUUUGCCCCAGAACAGGAUCCCCCUGCAGGGGGUUUGCAGGGACACCCCCUUCCCUGCCUUCAUUAACACCCCACAACAGGCUGCUUCCAUAACACUUUUCUAUUGGCCCUUUUUGGGCCAGAAGUUUCCUCAGAGACCCAGGGAGACAUUUACAGGGCAGACUGCAAUGGCCCAGUUCGCCCAUCAGCUUUGACACCAAUCCUCCACAAUUUUUUCACUCGUGUUUCACUCUCUCCAGUGUUCACUAACUAGUUUUGCCAUCAUUGCCAUUUUAUUAUGAUUAUUUUGUCAAAAAGCACCUUCCAAAGCAUGAACUAUUUUGGCACUGCAGGCUCUUGCCUGGAAACUGGAGAGGGGCGCGUGGCCAAGGCAGCCAUUUCAUGACUAAGACACUGUCCUGCACAG